GCAUGUUGGAAGUUCUCACGUGCAGGGAUCAGAAAGUAGCUGUUUCUUGUAAUGUUGAGCACCGCGACAAGCUGAUUGUAGCGGCGAAAUCCCCGGCCAGCCGAGACGUCAAGAUAGUGUCAAGACAGCACUUUCAUCGACUUCAUUCCUGCAUCGUUUUCUGGGCUCAGAUGGCACUCGUGAAGCCAACGAUAGCGGUGUUCGGAGCGACCGGAUACCUUGGCCAGCACAUAGCCGCAGCUUUGCUCGAUCCUGGAACCCGAUCCAAGUUCCGGAACGUUGUGCUGCUUUCAAGGCGUGCCACAAAGUUGCAGAGGUGGCAGAAAUACAACGCAGUGAUCCGCCAGUGUGACGAACGGGAUUUGAUUGCAAGCCUCAAAGACAUCGAUAUUGUUGUCGAUGCCGUCGGUCCUUCCGGGGUAGAAUUCAGCAGGCGACUGAUCGCGGCCAUGGCUCAGGCCAAAGUCAUGAUCUAUUUCCCGCCAGAGUUCGACGUUGACCACAACCUUCACGACUUCCGGUUUGCAGAGUGGGACUGGAAAAAGAGCAACGUUGCUUUGGCUCGUGCCCAAUUGCCAGGGACUAAAGUCUGCCAGAUUUUCGCGAGCCUUCUGCUGGAACAGGCCUUUGGUCCGUGGCUCGGAUUCUGUUCGAAAAGACAGACGUAUGCGUGCGUAGGAAGCAAAGACGUUGCCAUCUCGUUCACUUCUGUCCGUGAUCUUGCUCGCACAAUUGUCCAAUUGUGCUUGACCGAGCUUUCGCGGAUACCAGACCAAGUGCACAUUGGCGGCACCACUGCGACGUUUUCGGAUGUCGCAACAAUCAUGAGCCGAGAAAAUGGAAACAGAAUCCGCGUCGUGGAACUCCCUCUGGCAGCGUUCAAGGCAAGCGUACUCACAGCCGCUGGAUCCAAACGCACGGAUUACCUCCGGUGUGUGAUGGCAGAAGGCAAAGCGAACCACGGACGGUAUGGAGUCUGGAAUGUGAACGAGUUGGUCAAUCCUGGAGGAAGUCGGUGGGAGUGGACGACAGUGGAUGCAUUGGCCAAGCAAACAGGUGGUCGACCCUGGAGCGAUGCAGAUUGGCCCGAUGUCCGAUGAAGUUGUGCUCGUUCAAGCACUGUGCGAGCUCAACGUUUCCGCGCCUGCUGUAAUGGUAUGCAGUUGACGUCUUGUCCGAUUCGCACUUUGAUCUCCGAGACAUUGAUGCUUUUCGUUGUCACUGU